GUAGCAAUUUUAAUCAGGAAAAACAUCGAAUACAGUGAAAUGGAUUACGGUCUCUCAUCACAACAACUCAACGGAAAUGAAUAUGUCGCAAUAAAAAUACAAAAUCAUCUGCACCAUUUUAUGACAAUCAGCAUCUACUGUCCCCCUGGAAUAAGACCUUCAGCAGAACUGUUUCAAGCCAUCACCACCUCUGACCACACCCUCAUCAUGGGAGACUUCAAUGCAAAACACACCGACUUUUACACAAGAGCACUUUAUUUUGUUUCUCUCCCUCUCGCGUUGGUUCACUUACGUCCUCCUUCCUCCAGAGUCCAGCCCCUCCCAUCUCUUGCCGCUCACCAAGCUCCACCCAUAACAAUGGGUAGAAAAGGGCAGACGCCUGGAGCUACUCGAUCUACUCCACCAGGCUCAAGAGCUCUCGACUUAGUUACAAGGCAGACUUAAAGCAGUCAUCUGUAAGCAUAAAGAUGAGCGGAAGAGGCAAGGGAGGAAAAGGACUCGGUAAAGGAGGCGCCAAGCGUCACCGCAAAGUCCUCCGUGAUAACAUCCAGGGAAUCACUAAGCCCGCUAUCCGCCGUCUGGCUCGCCGCGGUGGAGUCAAGCGUAUCUCCGGUCUCAUCUACGAGGAGACCCGCGGAGUCUUGAAGGUUUUCUUGGAGAACGUCAUCCGUGACGCCGUCACCUACACCGAGCACGCCAAGAGGAAGACCGUCACCGCCAUGGAUGUGGUGUAUGCUCUGAAGAGGCAGGGCCGCACUCUGUACGGCUUCGGAGGCUAAACUGCUGCGUCCUG